GUCUUCCCUGAAACAAGAGAGCAAAGGGACCAGCAGGAGGCAGCAGAGGUGCGCCCGAGGCCCGACUGCGCUUGCGCAGAGCCUGCGGCGCCUAGGACGGGAAGUAGGCGGGGCUGCCCAGAACAGCUCGUGGGGAGCACUGCGGCAGGCUGGCAGGGUGAAGACUUAACUGGAGACCAUCUUACCCCAGCCUAGCUGCAAACCCCCGGAAUGCACUGGGCAUGGCCUCUGGAGCCGCACAGAACAGCAGCCAGAUGGCCUGUGACAGCGAGAUCCCAGGCUUCCUGGACGCAAUCCUCCAAGACUUCCCAGCCCCACUGAGCCUGGAGAGCCCUUUGCCAUGGAAGGUCCCAGGGACAGUCCUGAGCCAGGAAGAGGUGGAGGCUGAGCUGAUUGAGCUGGCAAUGGGCUUCCUGGGCAACAGGAACGCUCCCCCAUCGUUUGCUGCGGCUGUGACCCAUGAGGCAAUUUCCCAGCUGCUGCAGACAGACCUUUCUGAAUUUAAGAGGUUGCCUGAACAAGAGGAGGAAGAAGAGGAGGAGGAGGAAGAAAAAGCCCUCGUGACCUUACUAGAUGCCAAAGGCCUGGCACGGAGCUUCUUUAACUGCCUUUGGAAAGUAUGUAGCCGGUGGCAGAAGCAGGUGCCGUUGACUGCCCAGGCCCCUCAGCGGCAGUGGCUGGUCUCCAUCCACGCCAUCCGGAACACACGACGCAAGAUGGAGGACCGACACGUGUCCCUUCCUGCUUUCAACCAUCUCUUCGGCUUGUCUGACUCUGUGCACCGUGCCUACUUUGCUGUGUUUGAUGGUCAUGGAGGCGUGGAUGCAGCAAGGUAUGCCUCUGUCCACGUGCACACCAAUGCUUCUCACCAGCCAGAGCUACUCACAAACCCUGCAGCAGCUCUCAAAGAAGCCUUCAGGCGCACCGAUGAGAUGUUUCUUCAGAAAGCCAAGCGAGAGCGACUGCAGAGCGGUACCACAGGUGUGUGCGCGCUCAUCUCGGGAGCAGCCCUGCAUAUUGCCUGGCUUGGAGACUCCCAGGUCAUCCUGGUACAGCAAGGACGGGUAGUGAAGCUGAUGGAGCCGCACAAACCGGAGCGACAGGAUGAGAAAGCACGAAUUGAAGCACUGGGUGGCUUUGUUUCUCUCAUGGACUGCUGGAGAGUCAAUGGGACCCUGGCAGUGUCUAGAGCCAUUGGGGAUGUCUUCCAGAAGCCCUAUGUGUCUGGGGAGGCCGAUGCAGCAUCCAGAGAGCUAACGGGCUCAGAGGACUACCUGUUGCUUGCUUGUGAUGGUUUCUUCGAUGUUGUCCCCCACCAUGAAGUCACGGGUCUCGUCCAUGGCCACUUGCUCAGGCACAAGGGCAAUGGGAUGCGUGUUGCUGAGGAGCUGGUGGCUGUGGCCCGUGACCGGGGCUCCCAUGACAACAUUACAGUCAUGGUGGUCUUCCUUAGGGAGCCCCUGGAGCUGCUAGAGGGUGGAAUCCAGGGGACAGGGGAUGCCCAGGCAGAUGUAGGAAGCCAAGACUUGUCCACUGGCCUUUCAGAACUUGAGAUCAGUAAUACCUCACAGAGAAGCUAAGUGGUCCAGGCCUCCAGGCCCCAUCCGGACUCUCCCUCUGCCCUCGUGAUCCUCCCCUUCAAAGACCUUAGAUCCAACAGGUAUAGUGGGCAGGGGUGCACACCCUCACAGCAUUCCCUUAGCACCCCAGCCCUUCAUGUUGCCUACCACAGCCUGUCCUCAUGGCUGCAGAACUGCAGUAGGCAGCAAGUGGAUCUCAGAAGGAAACAUAGGAAAAUGACCUCACCGAAGAGCAGAUGGCUGAGGUGAGCAGGGCCGGACAGGUCUGGGAACAGAAGCCACAGGCACCUGCUGGUAGCCCAACCAAAAACACAGGUCAGGUCUUGGAGGACCCUCACACAGAUCCUGGAGUGAGAUCUGCAGCCAGGUGUCCAGCCCAGGCUUGUGGUUUCUCAUUGUACCCAAGGCUGGGAGGGUUUGGUCUGUACUAACACACAAGCUCGCAGUCCUGCUUGACUGCUGGCUUCCCAAAGAGGAGACAUUGGUCUUGCUGGGAGGCAUAGCAGGAGAGUGACCCACUGCCACUGCACUCUAACUGAGUACUAAGGCCACUAGGGCUUUCUAGACCUCGCUUUUCCCUUGAGCUUCCUGGGGAGGUGAAGUCAGGUGUGUGUGUGUGUGUGUGUGUGUGUCUUUGUGUGCUUAGAUUUAUUGCAGGGAAAGGUCUAAUCCAGAAUCAGUAUUCAGGCUUUGUCAUGUUGUAUCAGUGCCAAGGUGACCCACAAGGUCAUGUAACUUAAGCAAAGCUUAGCAUUUAUUUUAUUCCUGAAAACUUAAGUAUUUUACUUUUUUGUGUGUUCAUGGAGACAUUUGCAGUAUUAAUGAUUUUAUUUUUUCCUAAAUUGGGAUGGAAACAAAUUUUUCCAGAUUAUGUUAAUAAGCCACUUAAGUGCCUUAAACAGCUUUGGUGUAGACGAGAAUUGCUGGGCCCGUCAUGGAUCCUGAUAGGCAGACGUGUUGAGGUUCUCAAAGAGGCAGCAUUUGUUGUGGGAAGGCACACUUUCAGCCAGCACUCUUUCUGGGAAAGUCCUUUUGUGCGUCUGGGCACCUCGGAACUUCCCUGAAGUGAUGGGUAAAGGCUGUGACUAUGGGCACCUGGGGUGACACUGGCCUCCUUGCCCACCUUGGAGUCUGGCUGGAUCCCAGCUGAGAGAACCUUACUGCUCUUGGCUAGAAGAUUGACACACUCAAUCUCUCUUGAAACUCUCUUAAGUGUGUUUGCAGUUAUGUUGAUUGAGUCGUUGAAGACAGUGCUUAGGUGAGGAACUUUGGCAAGCCCAGCAGUCCACCAUCUUUCUCCUGUGACUUGUGUCCUAACCUGCUAGACUCUGUCCUGACCUGAGCAGCAUGCAAGACCUCUACAUCCCUAGAGCAGUGAUGGAUACAGUCAGGCAAGGAAACCAAGCGAGGGUUGGGGGGAUACCAAGAGUAGAAGGACUAGGACGCUCUCAACAAAGGCCAAGCGAGUCAAGGCUGCUCUCUGCAGACACUGGCAGGUCCAGAGAAUAAUGGUGGCUUAGCAGAGGCUCAGGGAAGGAUCAGUAGGAAGAAGGGUGGCUGUGAGGUCCCCAUGGAGGAGACAUAGUUCACCUGUAGAGUGAAAGCCCUAGCAGGACUUGCAGAGCUUUGUUCAUUGCACCUAAGCCCUCUGUGAAAAGAAGCAAGGGAGCUCACACUUCCUCCUAUGAGGCAAGUCCACUUCCAGCAGUAGGAGACCAAGCCACCCAAAUGCAGCUGGGCACCCACCUGUAUGCUUGGCGUUUGCCCACUCCCACAGCAGGGAUGGAAGAGCUGGGGCCAUGUCGUUGAUUCCUUGAUCAAGUCUCCUGAAUAGGAGCGUGAUCACUCAGAUGGCUGCCCACCUAAUAACUAGGUAUUGCUUAACUUGAAGGCCUGCUGCCUUCUUGAGUGUGCGGGGCGGUCAGAAUCCAGGAUCCUCGGUGCCAUCUCAACACAAGGUGUGGUUGUUGGUCCAGCCUGCCUGUAGCGGUGACCUUCAUAGAGGGAGAUAAAUUGAUUUUGGUUUUCUCCCAUUUUUGCUAACCUGUUCAUUGCUGGUAAGAGUGGAAUUUGGGCCUCCUUGGUGGUCUGGAUUCAUACUCACAUGUAAAGAUGUGCCAAAUAUCAAGGCCUCAGUGUAAAGGGAAGCCCCUUUCCCAGGCUUGUCUGAGUGCCUCCCCCACCCUUCCCCCUGUCUGGCAAUGGUCUGGGACCAACAUCAGGCACUGCUCCAUCCUGAUCUAGUGGCCAAGGGAGACCACAUUCUCCUACUGUUGAGGGCUGGCCUUGAGUGAGUUCCUAGACACAGAGAAGAACUCUUUUGUCUGGACUGGAGUUGCCAGUACCAAGCCUACAAGACUUGUUGGCCACCUCCUCCUCAGACUCUCGUCCCAAAAGAAUCCCCUAGCCAGGAUAAUGGAUGGCUUAGUAGAGGCUCAGGGAAGGAACAGGAAAAAGAGUGGCUGUGAGCUCAAGUCCCCCUCUUUGCCACCAUCACAUUGUGUGAGUGGAACCAGUCACUGCACCUCUCAGGCCUCAGGGAAAGGCAUGGAGGGCAUGCAUAGCAUUACCAGGAGCUGCCAGAGCAGGGGAGUCCACCCUCCACCAGCAGCAGAGAGGGGUUAAGUAUUAUUAGUGUCUAUUCUUAAAAUUAAGUGGGCUGGAACAGAGCUGAGUUACAGGCGCCAGUGUCUUACACAGAUACAAAAGCUGAAGCCGGCAGCCUGCCUUUGCAGGUACAGCUGCCUCCCAACCAAGGCCUGGAGGCGUAAGAGGUGGGAGGGCACAAGCAGGCUUUCAGGAGCGUUGAAGCAAGGUAUCUGCAGCAUAGCUUUGGGCGUCUCCAGAACUCAUGGUGAGAGAGGCACCAGCACCUAGAGGUCUUAAAAGCCCUGCCAUUCACCAUGAUCUGUCUGCCCCUGCCCUUUUGGGUUCUUCUGCAUGCAGUGCCCCCCUCUCCUGAUGCUAAGUUUUGGCCUGGGUGUCCUGGCUACCUCAACUGUAUCCUCAAGGCCAGGAGGAUGGCUCUGGCCAUACUGUACAGAAGCCAGGCCAAUUCAUGUGAAGCAAGCAGGGCUUCUGGUUUGAUUCAGCCUCUGUAGCCUCCAGGAACCAUCCUCUGGAGUCCUGUGCUUUCACUGGACUCUUCGGCUUCACCAAACACACCAAGCUUUGCCAUUUACAUGCCAUGUGGGCCUUGCCAAGGGUUAUUUCAGGGGUCUUCCUGGGAGUCUUGUUCUUUAGUCUUAGGGACAGGUACCAAGGUGAUGAGCUCAUAGGACAGUCUUCCCAUGGGGCCCUGUACUGGUGUCAAUAAACCAUAUAUUCAAGA